GUUGCUUCUCAGUUUUACAUUCUGAUGUUUUUCGUCUGUGGAAUUAAGAACAGUGACAACAUUUUGUGAUGGAUUAAUCUAAUGAUAUUUAUAGUUCAGUUUAUAUAAUAUUUGUAUGCGAAGUUAGGAGAAAAAAGCACAUUGUAAAUGGGAAAUCCUUUUUGAUUGCGUAAUGCAAAAGAACUCUGGAACUGUUGAUAAAGUAAACGGAGUGGAAUUUAAUGAAGAAAAAAAUAAAGUUGCGGAAAACCUUGAAACUAAAGCAGAGGGACCUUUUAUUGAUGAUAGUGCCCCUGCAGUUGCACAAAACAUAGUGGGCUACAGUCCUCCAAAAAACGGUUUGAUCGCUUCUGCCUUAGAAAUACCUAACUCCGUCUGCAUGUCAUUUGAGCAUGUCGGUAAUCUAUUGCAGAGCACCCCGCCUCUGUGUUCAACAGGAGGGACGAUUCCUCAAGAUGAGGAACAUUCAGGGUUAUUUACAAAAGCUCAAAAUGAAGUGUCCACUGAUCAGGAAUUUGAGACUACCAAAAGCGAAAACCAAGAACAACAUAACAAACCGAAAGACGUAUCAAAUAGUUCGGUGCCAUACAAUGAAGUCCUUAUUGAUGGAUUUGCUAUUUUGUCUUUUAAAACAAUAAAUGAUUUGUUGGAAUUCACUAAACUAAGUGAAUCACAAAAUCCUGGAAUGAAUCCCAUGGUUGAACAAACCUAUAAACGAGCGCGUCGAUCUGGUGUGCCAAAACGUAAACGGACAAAAGCGUUUCUCAAGCAAACACUUUCACAAACAUCACCAUCAACUGAUCUCCUUCGUCAUCGUCGACAUCAUCAUCAUCAUCAACAUCACUAUCAUCAUAAUCACAAUCAUUAUCAUCAUGCUAAUAAUAAUAAUAAUGAUAAUAACAAUGGAGAUUAUCAUCAGGAAUCGAAACAGCCUUCAGAUCAUCAUCAUCAGCAACAACAACAGCAGCAUCCAUCAUUGUAUGCUUAUAAAUCACAUUAUGAAACUAGUCAUAUCUCGUCAAAAAUAUAUUUAUCACCGAAUCAUGAAACAGAUAAUGAAUCUUUGGUAGACACUACUAUUCCUAAUGGUGACAAUAAAAUCUCCUCAAUACAAUCUAAUAAUAAUCAUAAUCAUUAUCAUCGUUCAUAUGAAGUGAAUAAGAAUAAUAUGAGUCUUCAUGAAGACACGAAUCAUGAUGAUGAUGUGCAUUAUCGAGAUGAUGAAUCUUCUUCUCCUCCUCCUCCUUCUCUUCUUCCACACCAUCAUCAUCAUCAGCAUAAUCCUUAUUGUUUUACAGAUAAUUUAUCUACUGAUACAAUUAUAACAUCAAAUUCUCCUAUUCAGAAUACAAUGACCUCUCCUAAUGGUUCACAUCAUCAUCAUCAUCAUAAUCAUCGCCAUCGGCAUCAUCUUCAUCCCACUGAUCUUAAUCGAUCGCCAUUGAUUACUACUACAAUGCCAAAAAUAGAGCCAAUGUAUUCGCCUAAAACAAAUCGAUCAUCACCGGAGUAUAAUUCAUUAAUGAAUUCAAUCAAUCAUUCCGUUGGGAAUAAUAUGACAUCAUCAUCACAUGAUUAUCGUUUCAUGUCGAUGCCAGGAAUGUGGAAUUCUAAAAUUAAGCCGGAUAUUAUCUCACCGCAAAAAACUGACAAGAUAACAUAUGGUAAGUGUUAA